AUGGCUCGUCUCUUGUUGCUCGUAGCGAUUCUGGCGGCCGCCAUGCUGAGGGCGUCGUCGUACACGCACACGGACUGCGGGAUAGCGCAGACGGCGUUCGGUGAAUGCGUGCCGUACGUGAUCGGGAAAGACCCGUCGCUCUCGGACAAGUGUUGCACCGCCGUCAGGGCCAUCAAGGAGCUGAUACCCACGGUGGAGGACCGCCGGGCGAUCUGUGCAUGCCUCGUGCAAGAACUCAAAGAUGCCGGAGAUUCUGUCGACUCGUCAAAGGCCAAAGGCCUUGCGGGGGGUUGUGGCGUCUCCACUGACGUCAUCCCCACCAGCCUCAGCUUUGACUGCUCCAAGAUUGCAUGA